ACCGUCGCCCACACAUCCGCUGCUCUCACCGAACACGGCCUAAACGGGACUAUGGGAGUGGCUGGUUAGGUACACGUGGGCUGUCUAACCCGUACUCUUUCAUGGCACUCUCCCAGGGGCAGCCCACACGUUGCCGCGCUAACCCGCCAAGCUGCCAGCUCCUGAAUUGCGGCAUCAGUGAUACAAAGCCAAAGCCGGUUAGAGACAUAGCAGUGUGUGAAUCAAGGGUGUCAUGGCAAAGAUGCACCAGUGACACAAGUUGGCACGUGUCCAUAAACCAGUGUGAGUCACGGACACUUGUUGCCCCGCUUACCUGCUGACCUCCGCCCACAAUCAUCUCUCCUGUCAAGACCCCUCUGACCACUGAAGCACUGAACCACUAUUUCUAACUAGCAAUAUGAGGAUGGAGUGUGUGUGGGUGUGUGUGGCAGUGGUGGUGCUGGCGCCAGGACUGCUUGGCAACCGGUGGGAUCAGCUCAACCUUCACCCAGACCACAUGCCGUAUGUACUGGCUAACGACCGUGGCCUGGCUGAGGAGUGCCGAGCCAGCCGCACCUGUCCAUUCAAGAAAUAUCUUGACCAGCCAGUCUGUUGGGGAUAUGAGAGAGGCUGUCAGGCCACUCAAACCUACAGCAACCUUUCUUGCCCUGGGGAUGCUCGUGGAUGGGUGAGUACAAAGGAGGAGCAGCUGUCCACCUUCUUCAGGCAGGCAGACUUUGGUUUUGUGCAGGAGCAGCUGAGUGAGAUGAAGAUGUACUGCACUCCACAGCACCCGGGGGACUCGUGGCUGGAGUGUAGUGACCACCUCAGGUUCUGCCAAGGGAGCAACAUCUACAUAGACUUCCGGCCGCUGAAGCACCGCAAGGAGCCUGUACAUUACCACAUAGAUGUGCUGGACCAUGGUCAAGUUGGGGGCCACUGCAGCCUUGAUGAGAAUCGCCUGAAGUCCAACUCAGACCAGAUUAGCGCCCUGCAGUCCUGGGGUCCCGAGCUGCGACACUUUGUGGAACUGGACCAGCGAGUGUGGAGAGGAGCAGCAAUGUGUGACUUGUGGAUAGAGACUCCAACUUAUCUCAUGAAAAUUGAUGCCACCGUCAACAUGUACCACCACUUCUGUGACUUCCUCAACCUGUACGCCUCACAGCACCUCAACACCACCCACCACUCCACCUUUUCCUUGGACAGCCAGAUCAUUAUUUGGGAGACUCUGGUCUACUGGAGUAACUUCAGGGCUGCCUUUGAAGCCUUCACCAAGAACCGUCUGUGGAACCUUAACGAUGUAGCAGGGAAGCGUGUGUGUUUCAAGCAGGUGGUGUUCCCGCUGCUGCCACGCAUGAUCUUCGGACUCUACUACAACACUCCCAUUGUGUGGGGGUGUGAGGGCAGCGGUCUGUUCCACGCCUUCUCCCAACACCUGCUGCACAGACUGAGGGUGACGGAGGGUGGGCAGGCACGAGGCCCUGACCGAAGAGUCCACAUCACCCUCCUCUCCCGGGACACUAAGUACAGACGCAUCCUGAAUGAGAGGCAGCUGAUCAAGGCACUCGAGAAGAACAUGACUUAUGUUGUUCGCAAGGCAGAGUACUCUCACAAGAUGGACUUCCGGCUGCAGCUUCAAAACGACCAAUGGACUGACAUCUUCAUUGGCAUGCAUGGAGCGGGACUCACCCAUCUCCUCUUCUUGCCAGACUGGGCUGUCAUCUUUGAACUGUAUAACUGUGGAGACGCCAACUGCUAUCAGGACCUGGCUCGUCUAAGGGGGCUCAAGUAUCUAACCUGGCGUGAUCUCUCCAAGCUGACCCCUGAGGAUGAGGGUCACCAUCCAGACGGUGGUGCCCACAAAAAAUUCACCAACUACAAAUUCAACGUGGAUGAGUUUCUGGCGUUGGUGAGUGAAGGAGCAGCCCACGUCAUGUCUCACGAGAGCUGGAGGAACCUUCACCCACCCAUCACCCUCUCACCGCCUCCACUUGGCCGUCAGGAGUUAUGAGGGGAAAGGGAAGGGGAGGUAAGGGGUAGUGUGUGUGUGUGUGUGUGUGUGCGCUGGGUUGUGAUUUGUGUUUUAGUAAUGGAUUGAUAAGAUGAGUUUGUCUCGUCUUGUCUUUAUCUCCGUCUGUGUUUUCUUUGUGUCUUUUUUGUCUCUUUUUUUUAUGAUUAUUUUGUAUUUAUUUAUUGUCCUGUGUAUUAUUGUAGUUUUCUCUUAUUUAACUUUUA